UUUCUAUAAAAUCUCACUUACAACAAACCCAACAAAAACCUCUCAAAAAACAAAGACCCACCCACAAACCCAAGCAAAAAAAUGGAUAUAUGGUCAUGGAUAUGUGAACUCCCCAGCUCCAACGAGUGGGACGAGUCACACUCCCCACUCAUCUUCCAACUCGCCAAUUCCAAACCGAGUGCACUCAAAACCUCUGCUUCCCAAUCAAUCCAACUCCGAGCAAAUCGGACCUCCGGGUCCAACUCGGACGAUUUCGUGACUUUCUCAGUCUGCUUACUUGGGUUCGAUUCUGAAAAUCCAGAGACGGCUCUCUGGGUUUCCGACACGUGUCCUCUCUCCUCCGAAAAGCCCUUCUUGCCUCUCAUCCUCCAACUCCUCCAAGAACAGGUUUCCCGCUCACCCACGGCGCAGAAUAGCACCUGCCCAAAUUCACAGCUCAAGCAGAUCAAACCCGACCCGGUUUCCUGGAUCCUGGACUCCCACUCGCCCGAGUCGUUCUCAAGUUUCUUCAACCUCAUCUUUCUCACUCGCCUCUUCUGGCUGUGUGUAUUCGACGCGCCUUCAGAGGUUGGCUCCUUCUACUUCUAUUCCUUGUUAGCUCCAAACCUCGAAACUUUAACAUCCAAACACACCCUUAUUCUGAAAACGUUUUUCGUCUCAGUUGGUGUGGACGUAGAACUGUGUUUCAUGCGCACCCUCGGGUACAUGUUAGCAAAGUGGUUGAUUUUAAGAGAGGUGGGUGUUGUUGGGUUACAAUCGUUAACCCCAUUACCAUCUCAAAGUCUCGGGUUUUCUUAUGCUAUGGAGUCUCAUGGGUUAUGGGUUUUGAAAGGCUACGCGCCUGUUUGGGCCAUGACUCUCACGCGCUCCAGCCGUCGCAAAAAUGGGUACAAUAUAGUUGAAGCUAAAGAGUCUGUGCUAAGAUACGCCUUGGCGCACCAGCAGCUGGAGGCUGUGGUUCAGUUGGAAUAUACAAUCAAAUUCACUGAUGGAUUUGUUCUUGUAAAUGCACGUGUCGACAAUAUACGCAUCCAUGUGGCAAAGCUGGGGUUUAACGGAAACGAGGAUGGUGAUUACGUGGACGAGAGGCAUUUCCCAUCAAGAAUACGGGUUUGGGUUGGGCCGGAGGUCGGGUCGACUUAUGUGACAGGGUUGAGUUUGGGCCGGUCCACAGACAAUGCGGAGAGAGAAAUGGAAAUGCAAAGAGUUAUGAAGGGUAGUUUCGGAAAUUUAAAAGUACCGAAGGUGAAAGCAAUGGCAAGGGUAGCAACAAGGACGAGGGUGAAGAAUUGGAGGUGGGAUCAAGAUGCAGAAGGUAAUGUAGCCCUAUUCGAUGCGAUUUUAUGUGAUAAUAACACUGGUGUUGAAGUUGCCACGUGGAAGCCAUCAAAUGGUGAUAGUCAAAUGAAAAACAAUUUUCAAAAAAGAUACGCGGGGGCCAAUAGACCAUUUACUAAAGCCGGUGGAUUAGUGUUUGCCGGAGAUGAGUGUGGCGGUGGUGUAGGGUGGAGAUUGGGCAAAGAGAUGGAAGGGAGUGUCUUGAAGUGGAGAAUAGGGUGUCAAGUUUGGCUGAGUUAUUGGCCUAAUGGUGUGAAGAGCUCAUAUUUUGAGACUAGGCGUGUGGAGUGGAGUGAUGAGGUUGAUUUGCCUUUGAUUGUUGGAAAGUUCUAACAUGAGUAUGAAACAAAUUAUUCAAGAUAUGAGAGGUUGAUAUAAAUAAAAUGUAGGCAUAUGUAUGAGACUAUUGUAAUUAUAUAAUUUAAAAUAGACUAAUGUAUGUAAUUUUAUUGCUGUAUUAUUUCUUUAUUAGAGAAAAAGGGAUGGGUAUAAAUAUGUGCAAGAAUACUUUGUAAUUAUGAAACAAGUUCGUUAGUGCAUAUGUAACAUGUUGUAGAAAUUUUAAUCCUUCCAAUCA